AUGCUACGCACUCACAACAGGAAUGACCCAGGAAAUUAUCUACAAUCCAACGAACAUGCCCCAGGCAAAAAAGAGGAACAUUUCAGAUCUUCUGGCACUAGCGGAACAGAACAAGAUGGCUCUCCGAUAGUGGAAGGAAGUCCCAUCCCAAAAUUUAAUUUUUUCGACUUGAUAUUUCCAAAUAUAGUUGUACGCCUGACCAUUAGGAGCCAAACGUUGUUGGCUAAUCUCAAAAUGAGAAGGUUCCUAGUAUAA